ACGGGCCUGGCCUGCAGUCUCGUGUGGAACCGCGCCGCGCGACGCCGACAUGGCGGCCUCCGAGGACAUGGGCAGCAUCAAGGGGGAGUUGGCCGGCAAGCACGUGCUCGUGACCGGCGGCUCCGGCUUCAUGGGCAAGGUGCUGCUGGAGAAGCUGCUGCGCUCGUGCCCGGACGUGGGCUGCAUCCACGUGCUGCUGCGGCCCAAGAAGGGCGUCGCGGCGCAGGACAGGAUCCAGACCAUCAUCAACACCCCGCUGUUCGAGCCGCUGCUGAAGAAGCAGCCCGAGGCCGCCGGCAAGCUGCACGCCGUGGUGGGGGACUGCUCCCAGCUGCGGCUCGGCCUCAGCGACGUCGACGAGGCCAUGCUGGUGGACAAGGUGUCGUACGUGUUCCACGCCGCGGCCACCGUGCGCUUCGACGACCCGCUCAAGGAGGCGCUGCUCCUCAACACCAGGGGCACCCGGGAGGUCGUCGACCUGUGCAGGCGGAUGAAGAGGCUCGAGGUGCUGCAGUACGUCUCCACGACGUACUGCUUCACCAACGAGGCCGUGCUCAAGGAGCAGCACUACCCCACGGAGCUGGACUGGCGCACCAUGGUCCGGCUGGCCGAGACCGAGGACAAGUACACCCUGGACUGCCUGACGCACAAGAUCCUGGGCUUCCAGCCGAACACGUACACCUUCUCCAAGGCCCUGGCCGAGAACGUCAUCAACGACGCGCGCCACGACGUCCCCGUCAUGAUCUUCCGGCCGGCCGUGGUCAUCAGCAGCUGCAAGGAGCCCUUCCCCGGGUGGCUGGACAACCUGUACGGACCCUUCGGCAUCUGGGCGGGCGCGAUGAAGGGCGUGCUGAGGUUCUCGUACGGCAACCCCAACGUGGCGCUGUCCUUCUCACCCGUGGACUGGGCCAUCAGGGGCAUGAUCGUGUGUGCCGUGGCCAAGGCCAAGAAAAUCAGCGUUCUGAAGCGUCAGGAUGAGGAUUCAGUAGACGUGGUCAACAUGGAGGGCUCGCGCUACGAGAGGAAGACUUACAAGGACCAGGAGAGACAGUUGGCCGACCUGGUGACCUACGCCGUGAACCCGGUCCGGUACCCCAGCUACCACAUCGGCACGUCCUACGCCUACUACUGGUUGGGCACGGUGCUGAGCGAACUGCCCUACGGCCUGGUCAUUGACACGCUGCUCAGGCUGACCGGUCAGAAACCCAGAAUGAUCGCCAUGUACCGGAAAAUCUUCCACGCCAACGCCGCCCUGGCCUACUUCAUGCACAACGAGUUCCCCAUCGAGACCAAGAAGUGCGACGUCCUGCACGGCUUCAUCGACCCGACGGAGCGCCCCGACUUCGGCAUCGUCCUGGAGGACAAGCUGUCCUGCUUCGAUUACGAUGCAGAAGAGUUCCCCAUACUAGUGAUCCAAGGAGCGUUCAAGUACGUCUUCAAGGAGGAGGCUCCGAAAGCACAAAGGGUCAGCCUUUUGAGAAAAUUGUAUAUCCUGGAGAUGUCCUUCUACGUGAUGUGGGCAGUUGUUCUGUACUUCACGUUCGGCCGGUAUUAUAUAGGGAGGUUGUUCGCCUCCUGAUACGUAAUCACUAAAGCUCACUAAGACUAGUAAAUGUAUAUACGCCAUUUGAUGUAUUUUUUUGUAAAAGAGUAUUAUUAAAUUUUUGCAAAGUAAUA